GACUUCAUAGGUAAAUUCUAAGUGAGCCGGAGAGUAAGUUUUAAACAACGACAACUUUGAAAUUUACAAAAGUUUCAAAUGUCGGGAGUAUUGGUUUUCUUGAGUGGAAUUAUAACUGUUACCUGUUCCCAGGCCCUUUUAGUUUCACUGUAGAGUUCAUAAAUAUGUGUAUGUAUUGGAGUUAAAAUGUGUAUGUAGGUUAAUUUAAUAUCUUCAUGCAGUGUAGCGCAAAAAAAAAGAGUAAAAAAUUAAAAACAACAGCAACAAAACCAUCAACAACAACAACAAACAGAAAAACAAAAAUGGGUUCUGAAGAAGAAAACUUCCUUGAACUGGAUGAACAAGAGCUGCAAACAUUUCGUCGAUCAAGUUAUAAAAAUCUGAUUGUCAUGAGUCUGGGCUUUCUUUUCUUAUUUACCGCCUUUCAAGCAUUGCAAAAUUUGCAAAGCAGUAUCCAUGAUGACAAGCAAAUGGGAUGGUGGUCGCUUUGUUUGAUUUAUUUAUCUCUUUUGAUUUCAUGCAUGUUUGUACCACCGUUGGUGAUUUCAAAGUUAGGCGCCAAAUACACGGUUAUGCUGUCUAUGGUGGGCUAUGUUUUGUUCACAGUGGCUAACUUUUAUCCGAAAAGAUGGACAUUGUUUCCCGCUUCUAUUAUAUUAGGAUUUUGUGGUGCACCUCUCUGGGCUGCAAAAUGUUCAUACGUAACAACAAAAGGAAUAAAGUACGGUAAAGCCACUGGCAAGAACGAAGACAAUGUUAUCACCAACUUUUUUGGUUUGUUUUUUCUCAUCUUUCAAAGUGGACAAAUCUGGGGAAAUCUUAUUUCUUCACAAAUCCUGAAACCUUCAGAUAGUAGUAGUAACGACACACGAGACACAGGAUUAAUAUGCGGUGCAAACUUCUGCCCCUCGACAAACAUCUCGUCAAUCAACCAGCAGACAAGUGACUCCACUGUCACGACGCUGAUGUUGAUUUAUCUAGGCUUCGGAUGCUUAGCAAUAGCUGUUAUCUUCUUAUUUUUGGAUCAGGAAAAAAUAUUAGGCGAAACAAAGAAGAAAGGGGUGUGCGAUCUGUUUAUAGCAACGAUUAAACAUCUAAAGAACAUGAAGAUGUUGCUGUUAAUUCCAAUAACUAUGUUUAGUGGGUUGGAGCAAGGUUUUGUUUUUGGAGAUUUCACUAGAGCAUUUGUCACUUGCACUCUUGGUAUUGAAAAAGUCGGUUUAAUAAUGAUAUGUUUCGGCGUCGUUGAUGCCUUCUUUUCGUUGUUUUUGGGAAAAAUUGUCGAAUGGUGGACCGGACGACCGAUCAUGAUGAUAUCCGGAGCAUUGGUUAAUCUUGGACUUCUCAUAUUGUUUUACGUUUGGCAUCCUAGAGAAAGCACCGUUUAUGUGUUUUACAUUGGGGCAGCACUUUGGGGAUUCUGUGACGCUGUCUGGCAAACGCAAGUCAAUGCGUUCUAUGGAGUAUUAUUCCCGACCAAUCAAGAAGCAGCAUUUUCAAACUAUAGGUUAUGGGAAUCUGUAGGUUUCGUCAUAGCGUUUGCAUACGGUAACUACAUUUGCAUAUCAACGAAAAUCCAAAUCCUAAUCUGUUUCCUUAUACUUGGCGUCGCUUUGUAUGGGGUGAUCGAGUUUAAAAGAAAAAACGAGACAGAGACCUACGAUACACACAUGGAGAAUAUACCGAGUUAAAAUAAAUAUGGACGUAAGCGGCUUCUUAGACGUCUCAACAUGAUUAUGUAAGAAGAAUCAUAUAUAAUGUUGGUCAGCUAUUGGUGCUAUUGCAUUAACCGAUGUAACAAGAAUACACGUUCAUAUACAUCGCUACUUUAUUCGACUUUUAAUUUUUUUAAUAUAACAUUGUACUAAAGUUAAAAUUAAUUGGCAAAUUAUGUACCAGGUGCACUAGA